CGCCUUUGCAUGUGCCUUUAGAAUAGUUCCUCUUUUCUGUUUAUAGAUAUGGAUAUAUAAAACUAGUAGUUCCUAGCCAGCUCUCCUGAUCUUAUAAUACAUCAUUUCUUCGCUAGCUAUUAUAUAUCACAAGUCGCAAAUAUGACUUCCACUUGGGCCGCGAGGUAUUCGAGAUCAUUUUUUGGAAUGAAAAGUGGGAUGACUGCUGCUGAUGGGGGACGACUCAGCAAAAAUGGGUAUAAAGGAUCGAAAUCGUGGACGAACAUAUACAUGGUACGGGGAUUGAUAAUGAUGGUGAUGGGGGUGGGAAUCCACACGGCGUCUCACCAUCUUGUGCAUUGCCCUGGGAUUAACGUCUCCAAGAAGAAAAGACAGACCUUCCCGGAGCUUGAGCUUUCCGGCGACGACAUGCUUUCUGGGAAAAAAUACGGUGUGUGCCGGAAGCUUGGCCGAUUCAAUUACUCCAUUGGAGAACAUUCCAAUGCCUCUUCGCCCAGCCCAUACCAGAUCUAGAGAAGAGGAAAGCUUCAAGUUGAGAAGGCCAGGCCGAUCAGUUGCUGCGGCUGCCACAUAAAUUUAUUAAUAUAUUGUAUUUAUGAUUUUUAGUUUAUUAAAUUUUGUUUUAUGUAAUUAAAUAAAAGGAAGCAGCCGGCCGAUCAGUUGCCAUUUCAUUGUACAUAUAUAAGUGUAGCAUUUUCUUUAUUUAUAAUGAUUCAUGUUUUCAGAUGUUGCGAUCAUCUGCUACUCAGCUUCGGACGUGAUUUGAUUUGAUUUGAU